GAAAGAAAAGAGAGGAGAUCAAAUAAAACAACGAUUUUUUUUAUGGACUGAAGAUGUGAAAGGCUAAGCAAGAAAGUGACAGGGAGGCACUGCAGAUAGCUGCUCUGAGAUGGCGGUUUGUCCUCAGCGGUCUUCAGCCAUGAAUGGGAGUGGCUGCACACCUGUCGGACCGGUUCGCGACACAUGACUCCCAGGGACUUACACACUUCAACACACUCGUUCUCUGGAAAGCCUUUGAGCCUCUGAGAGAGAUGGCUGAAGCCACGAACCCGGCCGCUACCUCUUUCCCAACGCCCACUAUAUCCUUACCGCUCGGGCUGGACGUUUUGAGAACGUACUCGGGGGCUCUGAUAUGCUUGGAGAUCGUUUUCGGCGGGUUAGUAUGGAUCUUAGUGGCAUCGUCCAAUGUCCCCGUGCCUCUUCUGCAGGGCUGGGUGAUGUUUGUGUCCGUAACCAUGUUUGUGUGCUCCUCCGUGUACCUCGCCCUGUUUCUGCUGGGCUUUGCUGAUAAAAUCAACGCAGACUGGAAUUUCAUGGACCUGGUUUACCACUUCAUCGCACUGCUCUUCUAUUUUGCUGCUUUUGUACUUGAGGCUGCAACUACAUCUGCAUACCCGGGACACCUUAACUCAACCUGCAUACAGAUUCCGAGCAGAAAGAUCAUCGCAUUCUUGGAUUUUCAGCAAUACAGUAUUAAUGUGGUAGCUACGAUAUUUGCAUUCAUAGUAACUGUGUGCUACGCCUGCAGCAUGUUUAUGGGCUUCAGAAGGUGGAGGAAGUGAUGAAGAAACUGAAGGAGAGAGGAAGACCUAAGUAGACUGAACUCUACCAGCUUCACAGACAAUAGACGAGUGAUGGACUGAUGACAUGUUUACUCCAUUACUAUAACCGUCAUUGUUAUUUUGAACAGGACUUAAAACAUCCUAAAACGUUUAAGGAUUAGUAUUUUUAAUCUUUGUAUUUGAUUGUAUAAGAAAAGUGUCCACAAAGAAUAGAGAAUAAGUUCAAACUUAUUGAUGUGAGCUGAUAAUCUUGUGUUGCAUUUCAGAUUGUUCAGUGUUCGCUCAUUGAUGUAUUUUAUUUUUAAAUUAAAGUAUACUUAACCCAUGAUAAUAUCACUUUAAAUACCAUUAUUCUUUUCUUUUUAUGUAUUAUUUCAGACCAAAGGCUAGUAAAAUACAAUUGGAUCUCAUACAUAUACUAGUAUUAUUAAAUAUUAUAUUUCCUUCACAACAAGCAGAGGACAUUUUGAGCAAUUUGGUAUUUCUAAUAUAAUUUAGGACAUGCACUAGUCCUCUUUAAAUUAUGGCACUGUGUUUAUGUAUUUUUUGCAAACAUGUCAGUAGCAUGUAGUCAGUCAUUGAGUAUCUCAUUUUGUAUUGCCUGAAUAAACUGACAUUUUUCAUUAACACACAAA